AUGAUUGUUGAACGUGGCGUCGCGACGGAGGAGUCGUACCCGCGCCUCGGGGGCUUGUCGUGGGAGCAUUGGUCGGCGCGCCUGGCUCUACCGCUCGUGGCCGGCAUGAGCGUGGGCGCUCGGUCCUUGCCCGCGUCGCCCGGCGAGUCCAGCUUCACAUGCCCCGACUGCGGACGCGUCUACAAGCUCAAAUCGUCGCUGCGGAACCACCAGAAGUGGGAGUGCGGAAAGGAGCCGCAGUUCCAGUGCCCCUAUUGCGUGUACCGGGCCAAGCAAAAGAUGCAUAUAGCCCGCCACAUGGAGAGGAUGCAUCGCGAAGUGACGAUUAAACCGGAACAGUACAUAAAGCAGGAUAACGUCGACGCCUGCACUUAA